UAGUUGGUCGCAAACCCAUUCAUUAACAAGCUGACACUAAACCGAGUCGAAAUGAAGGUGACCUUAUUAAUUUUCUGUCUGUGGAGGUUUGUCGUUAUGGGACAGCUGCCUCCUGAGAUUGGGAAGUGUAAAGCUGGCGAUUCCAUCUGCGUGGCGGAAAUGUUUACCCGAAUUAUGCGAUUGUACCCCAAGGGUCUAGCCUCCAUUGGACUAGGUGCCCUCGAUUCCAUUUCAUUUGAGAAUGUUAUCGUUAGUCGGAUAGAACCAGGCGACCCAGCAACGUUGGAUCUGAGAUUCCAUAACUUAACCGUAAGUGGAUUCGCGGACGCUACAGUGGCGGAGUCAAAGGGAUUUGAUGCGGAGCUGCCACGAGUCCUGGAGCUAAGUGGCUGGACUCCAUUGUUGAAACUGGAUGGGUUCUACGAGAUGCACGGUAGUCUGCUGACUUUGCCCAUUCAGGGUAAAGGUCAUGCUCUGGUUGAGAUCAAGGAGUGCCGUUUCCGCUGCAAGCUGAGGGCGCUGGAGAAACUUCGCGGAGAUGACAAGCGCUAUGCUGAGAUAGCCAAGGUCAAGUGCUUGUUGGAUGUGCAAGGAGUGCAUCUGAAUUUUGAGAAUCUAUUUAAUAAUCCGGAGCUGAGUGACGCCAUGAACGAGGUGGCCAACGCCAAAUGGCUGGAUAUUUGGCAUACCCUUCGCAAGGGUAUCACUUCCGCAGUGGAUGAACUGGUUCAGUCGGUUCUCAAGAGAGUGGCUGACAAGCUACCAUAUGACGAUAUUUAUAGAGAUUAAAAGUUCAAGCUUUUGUUCUUUUCUAAAUACCUAGAUGUAUUCAUUUAGAUUAUAAAUAAAAUAUAUAUUUACCGUA